AUGGCUUAUAGUGGUGAAGGCUCUAGCUCUCAUAUUCAUUAUCACUCCAUUGUGCAAGAGAACAAGUCCGGAUUCAAGCGCACGGAUGUCGCAGAGACUAUUGCUAAGUGGAGGGCUUCCAAUGAUGAACUGAAUGCUUUAUAUGGUGCGGGUAUUCGAGGACCUAGAGUCCCUGGCAUAGGAUCAAAGAAAGGUUGUAUGAAAGGUAAGGGAGGACCGCACAAUGGAUGCGUCGGAUAUAGAGGUGUUCGACAAAGGACUUGGGGGAAAUGGGUGGCUGAGAUUCGAGAACCAAACAGGAAUAAGAGGAUCUGGCUUGGUACCUAUGAAACUGCUGAAGAAGCGGCUGAAGCUUAUGAUAGAGCUGCCCUUGCUAUGUAUGGAACUUCUGCACGAAUUAAUAACGUGGAGGGGUACAAUUUAUUGAACCAAUCUUCUAUUGGAUUGCCUUCAAUUGCUAGUAUGUAUGCGGCCUCACAAGACGGGAGGUCAGACUUUGGUGGUUCAUAUGAUGGAUAUGGUGGCUGGGACGAUCUUGUAAUAGUAGACAGUAGUGUGCCAUUUUUGACAGCCGAGGGUAUGGCGAUAGAGGCACCCAAGGAGUUUGCAGUAAGCAACAAAGACGGAAAUGGAGAAGAAGAACCAGAACAAGAAUUAAGUUUGUCGGACAUAGAGGAUAUAUUGAAUAUCUUGUAUUCCAGUACAGAUACUGAUGGCUCCGGCCCCAAACCUUUUGUAGAGAAUCAGGGGAGUGAAGUUUGUCACAUGGAGCCAAAUGUUGAAAACGUAGUGUACCCUGCCGCAAUAUCUGAGCAGCUAAUUAACAAUAAUGCAGAUGCCACAGGACUACUCCAUGGCAAUAGCGAAUUUGAUUUUCUGAAACCAGGCCGGCAAGAAGAUCUGAAUUAUUCCUUGGAUGAAAUGGGGAUGCUCGAGUUCUACUACAACAUGGAGGGCUGAAGUACGUCGGUUCUUGUAGCUACCAAAAUGCUGCCGGAGAUGAUAAUUACUAAUUACUAAUGAAUCAGUGGCUCUUUGAUUGUCUUUCUUUUAGAUGUCUGUUUAAUCUUUGUUAU